CUUUAUGUAACUUUUACCUCGGCCAGACACUUGGUGUCUGCAGCUGCCUCUCAUGACGGGGAAUACCUCACCACUUCCGGAACUCGGAAAAAAGGAUAUGACGGUGUAGAGGGUCCGGGUCUUGGAAAAGGCCCUUUUUACCUAACGGUUGAUAAUAAAACCGACCCCCACCAACAGGAACCCCAGAUUUCCCUGACUCAACCAUGGACGUUCAACCACAUACCAGUCGGUACCUUGCAACGCUCCUCAACACUCGAGGAAGGUCUUUAAAUCAGCUGCCCGAACUAAGAUCAAAAAUACCCACCUAUGUCUGGUGCUCUCUCUUUACUGCGCUCGGGGGCUUCUUGUGGGGUUAUGAUACUGGAAGCAUUGGACCUAUAACCGUUAUGCCUCAGUUUGAAGCACAAUUUGGCGCACUUUCACCUGCAGCACAAGGACUCUUGGUUUCCUCCAUCCUCAUUGCAGCCUCUAUCACAUCUGUCAUAGCCGGACCUCUAUCCGAUCGUAUUUCCAGAAUACGUACAAUCUCCAUGGGAGGCGCUGUGUAUGCAACAGGAUGUGCAAUCGCCUGUUCUGCGCAACAUCGCCCACAGUUAUUCAUCGGUCGAUGCAUCGCCGGCGUCGGAGAAGGUUUAUUUAUCUCCAGCAUCACGGUUUAUGUCACGGAGAUAUCACCUCCAGCCAGUCGUGGUAGACUCUCGACAUGCGUGCAGCUCUUCAACACGUGUGGGGUCAUGUCAGGUUACUUCACUUGCUAUGGGACUGUCAAAGUGCCAGGAAGCUUCUCCUGGCGCUUUCCAUUGGCGCUGCAAGCUGUGGUAGCCGUCGUAGUGGCUGUGGGGACUCCGUUUUUCCCUCAUUCUCCUCGAUGGCUCAAGCUUGUGAAUCGACAUAGAGAUGUUGAUGAAGCAAAGCGACGUCUCGGCGUCGCUGGGACAAAUGCCGAAGAUAAUUCUGUCGACACAGAGAUUCCGAACGUCCGUGGCAACCUGGGGCAAGAUAUAAAGAACCUUUGGAGAAAGGAUAUACGCAUGAGAACUCUCUUUUGUGUUUUCAUAAUGGCUAUACAACAGCUGUCUGGUAUUGAUGCCGUUCUUUACUAUGCUCCAACACUGUUCUCGCAAGCUGGAUUAUCAUCCACGGCCUCCUCGUUCCUUGCUUCUGGUGUCUCCGGGAUCCUCAUGGUGGUAAUCACGUUCUUUUGUCAGUGGUUCCAGGACAAAUGCUCUGCUACUGCAAUUAUCUGCUUCAUCUACAUUUUUAUCGCAGGGUUCAUCUCAACCUGGGCCAUUGUGUGCCGGAUAGUGUGCAAUGAAGUGCAGCCCACUCAAACCCGUGCAGCGGCUUCCAGCUUAGGCCAAUGCGCUAACUGGGUAGUGAAUUGCGUAGUAGCGUUCUCGACACCGUUAUUCUUGAACCGCUCUACUUGGGGCCCGUACUUUUUGUUCGGUGGAUGUUCUUUACUAAAUGCUGCUGUGUGCUUUGCCUUCCAACCGGAGACCAAGGGACUGACUCUGGAGGCAAUUGAUAGCGGAUUUGAGGAUACGCCGUUCCAGUCUGCUAUGAGACGCAGGAUCGGGAAUUUGCGGAAUCGUGGUAAUAACACCAGUGGAGGUGGGGACGAAAGCUCUUCGACUGCGAUUGAGCUGGUAGAAGUUUCUACAAAAUAAAAGGCGCCAGGGAGAUAUGGAAACGGGCGUUAGAUGCCUGUACUUAUACGCUGUUCUUGUUGAUAGUAGAACCGCUGUACGAUUUUGAGUGAAUGAACGUUGAGUGCCCUUUCAGCCCAA